UAACUAAAACCUCUGUAUCUCCCUCUUGCACGUUUGGUCGACAGUACCACUGACGGUUUUCGGUAUGUCAGACCACCUCUUGUUUGAAUAGAUUCAGAGGUUUCGCACCCUUCUUCGUUAAUGGCGAUCACUUCUCGCAAGCACUAAACUCAGUCGAGCAUGAGAUAGCUAACUCCAUUUUUUCUCUACUCAAUGGCGACGGAUGUUGUCGUAGAGAUUGAGAAGGAGAAAUCCUGCUGUGCAGUGUUGAAAGCGAAAUAUUCGAAGUUGGAAGAAAAGAGGAAUGCUCUUCGGCAAGCUGUUAAGCUUCUCGAGCACGAAAUCAACAAAUUGCAGGCCGAGAAUGCCAAUCUCAGAAAAGAAAAUAAGGAAGGGCUGGCACGACUGGAAACAGAGGAGAAGGCCAAAUUGAAGGAGUCUGCUGCUAGAGUUGGCUUGCAGAAUGAGCUUUCUGACCUGAAAUCAGAGAUCUCUUUAUUACAGAAAACAGAUGGUUCAAGAAAUGGACAAGAUGACGAAGUGACUCUGCUUCAGAACCGAGUUUUAGAGGGUGAGGCAGAAAUUAAUCGGCUCAGGGAAGUUCUUGAGAAAGAGAAAAAGCAGGUUCAAUCAGAGCGGAAGAAGGCUGCAGAGGAGAAGAAGAAUACAAUGGAAGUGGCAGUACUUCGAACCCGUCUUUCAGAAGUUGAGGCAGAACUUAGUCGGCUAACGGAUCUUCUUGGAAAAGAGAAAAAGUGUGUGGAAUCAGAGAGAAAGAGGGCUGAAGUGGAGAAGACAAAAGCUGCAGAAGCAUGGAAUUUGGUUAAAGCUGAAAAGAAGAAGUCUGAGGAACAAAAGAAACUUGCUGAUAUUGAAAGGAAUAGGGCUGAGGAGUGUAGCCUUCAAUUGGAAGCAGCAAGGACUGAAGCUGAUAAAACAAGAUUAAAUUUGCUAGCAAAGGCUGAGGAAGCAAACCAAAGAUUGAAGGCUGAGAAGAAGAAGUUAAAAAAAGCAAAGAAACGUGCAGAGUCAGAGGUGGCAAAAACAGAAGAGCACAGGAAAUAUGCUGAAGCAGAGAGGAAGAAAGCAAUUGAUGUAAAAGAUCAUGCUGAUGUUUUGGCUCAGAAGCUAGAGGUGGAGAUACAAAGGAAUGGGGCUUUACAAAGGGAGAUUCAGGAAAUUAUUUCAGGUAAAAACAGGGAAAAUUGGCCUCCUGUGUCAUUGAAUAAAAACAUUGAUACUGAAAAGGCAAGCAUGAAGCUUUUAGAGAAACAGUUGAAGCUGGAAAAAAUGCAAGUAAAAUUUGCUAAAAGAGUGGCUAGUGUUGAAAAAAUGCGGAACAAUAUGCUACAGCAAGAAAUCUGCUGUUUAAAGCAGGAAUUCUUCCAAAUGUCUCAUCGGUUGAACACACUAGAUGGCUUUCUCUGUCGUACCAAUGAAGGUAUAGAUGGUCCAGCAAAGAUUGACAAUCUUUUUGAUCUGCACAACAUAAACUUGAAGAGAAAAAUGUCAGGUAUAAAGCCUUGUGACUUGUAUCAUCAGUGUGAGAAUGACCAGCUUGGGUCAAUGCUAGAAUGUGAUGGGCUAUGGUGUCUGAAAUCUGGAGGAGGCUGUACUAAACCAAUCUCAGGUAUUAGUUCUGAAUUGGAGCUUAUGGUCAGAAACACUUCGCAGAACUCUGCCGUAUAUUCCACCACUGCAUCUUUUUCUGAUAGACAGUUGGACUCACAGGGAAUAGGUGGUUUUCCUGUAACCACAUCAGCAAAUUUGGCAGAGGAGAAUCAGAAACAGCGACUGAACAAACCCAGUUUAUCUAGAGAUAUUACCAAAAUAAGGGACAAAGAAAAUCUUGGUGAGGUGGCUGAAAAUAAUGGCCUUAGCCUGGAUCAUCGAAACGUGGAAAGUCCUUCUUUGAACUGUAAUACUGAUAUCAAUACCAAAGUUGUUUCUAAAGUGCCUAGUAGUAGGAAGAAGAGGAGGAUCCAGGAGGCAGUUGAUUCAACCAAAAAGCCCCCAGCUUUGGAUGAUAUGCUAAACCAUAAAAACAAUGUGUCUACACCAAUAUGUUCUCAAACUAAUGGGAAGUCCCUUGCCUUGGAGAAUGGAAGACCUCUGGCUUCUAAAUCAGUAGAUGAUUUAUAUGCUAAGGACUGCAACUCUGGCAGGAAGAGGUCUGUGUCUCAGGAACAGAAACUCUGUCUGCAGCUCUGUGUUGAAGAUGUCAGUCAAAAGAAGACAGACAAGGGGGGAAAUGAAGGCGGUGUAGAUGCAGAUGUCUGCACUCAAGCUGCCUCACCUGUUGAUUGUUUAACUUGGCCAUGCAGGGACAAAACAGUUGAUGCUGUUGUGAGAAAUUGUGGAGAGGAGUCAUGGUUUGAGAACAUGACAAUCAGGGAUUGUAUGAAGUUGCUUGAAUUGGAUGAUGCUGUUGAGGAGGAACGGUAUAGGGAAGCUAUGGAAAUGCCCCUGUCACCAACUUUGCCUGAAAUUGAAAACCACAUCCUUGGAGCAUCUGAAAUGACUGACUCUCAAAAUUUGAUGAAGCAAAAUUUUGUUGGUUUCGAAAAUGGCAGAAACAGUUUGGUGCCAUUUUGCACCAUUGAUGUUGCUGAUGUGGAAGUUGAUUCCAAUUGGCACAGGCUCAAUCCUCCUGUCAACUCAUUUAAAGAGGUGUGUGAUGUUGGAAAUAGUUUCCAUGAUGCUGUAUGUGCUGCAAAGACUGGUGGCCACCAUAUUGGAGAGUCUGAAGUUGAGAUGGCGGUGGCAAAACAAAUACCUGUACCUGAAACUGAGGGGACUGAAAUUCCUAGUGCAAGCAAUGGGGACCAUAUAGAAGGGAGGAUCUCCAAAUGCUAUGUAGUGUUUUCAAGUACUAAGGAUGAAAGCAGCAUUUCUAGAAUCUUCCAUUCUACAGAAACUUGUGUAGCCCGGAUAUCCAUGGUUUCUCAGAAAGAUUGGGUGGUGCAGAAAAUUCUGCUUGCUGUUGUUAUGGAAGAUCUUCUACCUGCGGAGAAGGCUUGUGUCUUCUUUACAUUGCUGCUUUACAAUUUUUCUGUGGUUGAUUUGGUGAAAGUUGGAAACACCUCAACUGGAGACUCUUUCUCAUAUUCAGAAUCUUUUUUGGCACAUGUAAAAACAGUGAUGGCUGAUACGGAGAGUAGCCGCAUAUUUUCAGAAUUAUUUGAAUUGGACGCCCUCCUUGGCCUCAUUGAGGAUUUCCUUAUUGCUGGAAGAGUAUUGGUGUGUGGUGAUGUUCCAUGUGGUUCUGGGUGCAGGGUCUUUCUUUUGGAUGGCAUGACUACAUUUCUUUCCCCCCAACUAGCCAGUAGUGAUCAGUUGAUGGUUGGAAGCAUGAUAUUAGCUUCUAUAUGUCGAGCAGUUGACUAUGUUAGUUUCAUUUGUGAUGCGUCAUACAACAUUCUCCGGAUGUGCAAAUUUGGUUCCUCUUUGAUUCUGAGAGUGCUCCAUGUGUUUGCCUACCUAUGUGGAGAAAAAUAUUUUACAUUGAGCAAAUACGAUCUGAUUAUGAGUGUUGUAAAGUCAAUUGUUUCACAUGUUGAGGGAGGAAACGAAUCAUUUGGUACUACAACUGUUUCUAAUGUCCCAUCUGAAAGUGACAACUGCCCAGGGUUUUCCCGAUGUCCCAAAUGCCCAUUUGCUGAAGGUGCUGUUUCUAUGGAUGAAGUUUUAUUAUUGCUAAUGGAAAAGCUUCAGAAUUAUGCAGAUUCUGGGAUCAAACAACAACAUCUGAUCGGAUCUCCUAAUUCGUCUAGCCACAGAGUCUUUCCCUGCUUGGAGACAGCUAUUGAACGUUUUACCAUACCAGAUGAAGAUAUCCCUGAUAUGGACUGCAGUGGUUCCUCUUGUUUAUCCAAGCUCCUAAUUGAUGCUACUUUUCAAUCUAGUUCUGUUGUUAAUGGUAGCUUGUGUAACUUCAGUGACAUUCUAUCAUUACUGGAGCUUGUUGCAUGCAUCAUGAACUGGGAGUGGACACACAAAAGUAUUAUUCCUGGGCUUUUGGAAAUGUUGGAAUCAAGCAUUCCAGAGGAACUUUCAGCUGCUAUUAUUGUCCUGCUCGGUCAACUGGGGAGGCUUGGAGUCGAUGCAAGUGGAUAUCAAAAGAUGGGAGUUGAAGACUUAAAGUGCAGUUUGUCUGAUUUUUUGAAUCAGGCUGCCACCAGAAAAUGGGGUUUUCCUACUCAAUUGGCCAUAGUAAAUUCUUUGAUAGGCUUGCUUUCUCAUGACUUCACAGUACUUGUUCAAAAUGAGCAACUGCUUUCACCUGUUACACAUCAGUCUAGUCAUGCUGAUAUUAUAAGAAAGUGGUUUACUCAGCUGAGCAAAGAGCAAAAUUUCUUGUCCCUUAGCCUUUUCCAGUCUGCUGGGGUACUUAAUUAGCGAACUGAGAUGCUUCACAGGCGGAUGAUUUUCAUAACAUUUUGGGUAUACUGCUCUAUCUUUGUUCUAUGAUGCUAUUGAUGCAGCCAGCACAUUCUUGGCAUUUGGUGAUGUCAAAGAAGUUGUAAUAAAAGAAAUUGUAUGGGAGAUUACUUUCAAAUUUUGUACAAGUUUUAGAGGUCAGGUAGUCUCACAGCCUGAGGAGGGUUGAACAUUUAUUGAUGCUGCGGCAUUUUCUUUACUCAACAAAGAAUUAAAUAUCUGAGUC